GGUUUGUAGCAUCGGUAGCGGAUGCAGCGAGCCUGUCCCGACCUCACGCCGAGCCUGAGUUCACUCCGGGCGGCCACAUCACAGCAGAGCGAGCCGGGUGGAUGUAUUUUGCACGCAGCACAUGGCCUGUGUUCUGCUGACCGACAUGAACCCGUCCUCAUCCAGUCCACCAACCCCCAGCACAAGUCAGGGCCUUGAGCAAGACGUGAAGCCAUCUUUUCUAACAGUUCAUCUGCACCAGCCGGGGAAGGUCCAACAAGGGGGCAGCUUCUCACAGAACAUACUCAUUUUUCCACCUGGAGAGUACGUAGCAGAGGAACUAUGCAUCAGUGCAGCCAAAGCUUGCGGGAUUAGUCCAGUGUACUUGAACCUGUUUGGCCUAAUGAUGGAGAAAAACCAGAUGUGGUUCCCCCCUAACCACAUCUUUAAAGUGAGAGCAGGAGAAAAGGACGAGUGUCUGCAUUUCAGAAUCAGGUACUACUUCCCCGGCUGGUACAACAGCAGCAACUCGUUCUACGCCCAUCGCUACAGUUGGUCCAAAGAGAAGGAGAGCCCAGUCAUGGAUGAUUGUGUCUUAGCCUACCUGUUUGCGCAGUGGCGAAGUGACUUUCUGAAAAAGUUGGUUGAAAUUCCAAUAAACCAUGAGACUCAGGAGGAGUGUCUGGGAAUGGCUGUGCUGGACAUAAUGAGACUCGCAAAGGAGAAGGAUCAGUCCCCAGUGGAAAUUUAUAACACCACCAGCUACAAGUCCUUCCUGCCACAAGAUGUGCGGCGCCGCAUCCGAGCGUACAACUUCUUCACUCGGAAGAGAAUCCGCUACCGCUUCAAGAAGUUCAUCCAGCAGUUCAUAGAGUGCAAGGCCACCGUUCGGAACCUCAAGCUCAAGUACCUGAUGAGCCUGGAGAUGUUGCUGCCGUCUUUCUUCUCCGAGCGCUUCCAAGUCACUAUCCAUUUACGAAAGGUUGCCAUCGUUGUCUCGGGCAACGAGGGCAUCCUUUUGUAUAACGGGAGUUGGAGAAAUGAGGCAGAGGAGGAGCUGCAGCUAUUCUGUGAUUUCCCAGAGUUGAUCGACAUCAGCAUCAAACAGGGCAAUAAGGACGGGCCAUUAGAGAGUCGUAUAGUUUCCAUCACCAGACAAGACAACAGCACUCUGGAGGUGGUGUUUCAUUCGGUCGCUGAGGCGCUCUCAUUUGUUUCAUUAGUUGAUGGGUAUUACCGACUGGUCUCAGACGGCCAUCACUACCUGUGUAAAGAGGUCGCUCCGCCGAGACUUCUCGAGCGCAUUCAGAGUCGCUGCCACGGCCCUGUAUCGAUGGAGUUUACUAAAAUGAAGCUGCGUCGCUCAGGUAACCGCCAAGGCCUGUACAUGCUGCGCUGCAGCCCCAAGGAGUACGACAGGUACUUCAUGUCCUUCAUCGUGGGGUAUGAGUCUAUGGUGGAGUAUAAGCACUGUCUGAUUACAAAGACGGAGUCAGGAGAGUACAUUCUGAGCGGUACCCAGAGGAGCUUCGGUUCACUGAAAGAACUUAUGAACUGCUACCAAAAGGAGGAGCUCCGCACCGAUGGAUACACGUUUCAGCUGACCAGAUGUUGCCCACCCUGCCCAAAAGAGAAAUCCAACCUGCUGGUGUGCAGAAAUAAUCAAGAGGCAGAGCUUCCUCUGUCUCCGUCGAUCCACAAGCACAUCAGCCAGAUGGUUUUCCACAAGAUCCGCAAGGAGGCCCUUUUCUUUGGCGAAUGUUUGGGUCGAGGAACGUUUACCAAGAUCUUCCACGGUGAGAGGGUGGAGCUGGGAGAGGAUGGAGAGACGCACAGGAUCGAAGUCGCCAUCAAGAUUCUGAACAAGGCUCAUUGCAACUUUUCUGAGUCUUUCUUCGAGGCAGCCAGCAUGAUGAGUCAGCUUUCCCACAAGUACCUGCUCCUCAACUAUGGCGUUUGUGUUUGUGGUGAUGAAAACAUGAUGGUGCAGGAGUAUGGUAAAUUUGGCUCCCUGGACAUCUACCUGAAAAAGAACAAGCAGAGCGUGAACAUCCCCUGGAAGUUGGAGGUGGCGAAGCAGCUAGCCUGGGCGAUGCACUAUCUGGAGGAUAAAAACAUCACUCACGGAAACGUUUGCGCCAAGAACGUUCUGCUGAUCAGAGAGAAGGAUCAGAAGAUGAAGAAUCUGCCUUUUAUCAAGCUCGGCGACCCCGGGGUCAGCAUCACCGUGCUGCCCAAAGAAGUUCUGGUGGAGCGUAUCCCUUGGGUGCCCCCCGAGUGCAUUGAAAACCCCCAAAAUCUGGGUUUGGCUACAGACAAGUGGGCCUUUGGGACGACUCUGUGGGAGAUCUGCAGCGGGGGAGAGAAACCACUCGGCACACUGGACUGCUCAAAGAAGAACCUGUUCUACGAGGACCGACACCAGCUGCCGGCUCCCAAAUGGACCGAACUGGCUAAUCUGAUAAACAGCUGCAUGGACUACGAGCCUUUGCAUCGACCUUCCUUCAGAGCCAUUCUCAGAGACUUGAACAGCCUCUUCACUCCAGAUUAUGAGCUGCUGACGGAGAGCGACAUGGUGCCCAGCAGGACGCAAGAUUUCGACUUCCUGUGGGCGUCUGCGAGCCGAGAGACCGCUCAGUUUGAGGAGCGGCACCUGAUCUUCCUCAAGCAGCUGGGCAAAGGGAACUUCGGCACGGUGGAGAUGUGCAGGUACGACCCCCUGCUGGACAGCACAGGGGAGGUGGUGGCCGUGAAGAAGCUGCAGCACAGCACAGCCGAGCACCUCCGCGAGUUCGAACGGGAAAUUGAAAUCCUCAAAUCCCUUCAUCAUGAAAACAUUGUUAAAUACAAAGGAGUGUGUUACAGCGCAGGACGAGAGAACCUUCGGCUGAUCAUGGAGUAUCUCCCCUUCGGCAGUUUGAAAGAAUAUCUCAACAAGCACAAGAAGCUCAUCGAUUCCAAGAGGCUGCUGCACUACGCAUCGCAAAUUUGCAAGGGCAUGGACUACCUCGGCACUAAGCGCUACAUUCACAGGGAUCUGGCCACCAGGAACAUCCUGGUGGAAAGCGAGAUGAGGGUUAAGAUCGGCGACUUUGGCCUGACCAAGAUGAUACCGCAGGACAAAGAUUACUACCACGUGGCGAACCCCGGGGAGAGCCCCAUCUUUUGGUUUGCUCCAGAGUCUCUGAACAACAAGUUCUCCGUGGCGUCAGAUGUUUGGAGUUUCGGCGUUGUCCUCUACGAACUCUUCACUUAUAGCGAUAAAAGCUGCGCUCCACCUGUGAUUUUCAUGGAGAAUAUGGGGAAUGAAAAGCACGGCCAUAUGGUCCUGGUCCAUUUUUUUAACCUGUUGAACAAUGGAUUUAGGCUGCCGGCUCCUGACAACUGUCCAAACGAGAUUUACAAGAUCAUGCUGGACUGCUGGAGCUUUGACCCGAAGUCGCGGCCUACGUUCAAGUCCUUGGUCCAGCGAGUGGAGACUGUACGAGGCAGCAAGGAUGGAUGAGCGCCACCACUUCCCCAACCUUUGACCCGUCUGUCGUGAUGUAUGCGAGUCGGACG